AUGGGAAAAGAGAAUUUUAUCCUGCAAAUCGAAAACUCCGUUGAGUUCAAACUGCUCGACAAAGUAGUCAGGAACGAUGUCACAGCGCAAGAUGCAGUCCAAGGCGUUAUCGACAUGACUAUGACUGCAUUGUCCAUUCAUGGUCCAAACAAGCAAGGGGGUAUCGGUCUCCCAGACUACAAUAUCUCGCUUGCGGUGUUGGAGCUCGCUCAACGCCUAGAGCCAUCCAAACACACCACGCUGGUCGAGUUUAUAACUCGGCUCCAGAAACAGAUUGCCGUUGAUCCAUCCACGAACGAGCCACUGAGGGUCCAGGGGGAUACCCUCUGGACAGACAUGCCGUCAUUCGGCUACACAGAGCUUGAGACGUGGUACGAGUUUGGUGGCGAUUACAAAGAUCCAUGCAAUGCAACGAUGGACUCUGGGCAACGGGAUCGCUGGGUGAAUCUCAACGCUUUCCUCGCGCAGCUUACUCAGGCUGCAGAUAUUUGUUAUCCACCUCCCACGGAAGAAGUGCGAUUCUCUCCUCUGGACAAGUCCCUACGGGCCAUCUGGACUAUCGCCAUGGCACUUGAGAAUGAGGGCCCUCUCACGUCGCUGGGAGAUACAGCGGCGAUGGAGGCUGCCUGCCAGUGGUUCAUCUACGCUGCAGAGCGGCUGUGGGCGAAUGUGCUUAAUAAUCGCACAUAUCCUGAGGCGGCGGGUGCUGGGCCGGGAAAGAGAUACGCAGAGGAAGGGUGGUCGGGGUAUACGCGGCAGCGAUGGGCAAUUUGGGAGGAUGCGCUGAAGGGGGCCAGGACGUCAUGCGAAAAUGAUCGGAUGGGGAAGCUGAUUGAUGAUGCUUUGGGGGGUCUUAGAAGAGCGAUGUUGGAUCAAUAG